GUAAAAUGAAAGAAGUGAAGGCAUUUGAGCAAGAAUUGCUUGAGCAUAUAGAAAUGAUAAAGCUUGCAAGGGAAGAGAAUGACUCUGAGUUGGAAUUGGUGGGCUCUCACUUCUUGUCUAGGAAUCUGUGAAAGCUUUGGUAAGCAUGAGAAGAGAUUCCAAAGAGAAGGAGAUUGAAGCUUUGUUAGCUGGGGAAAAUGAUUCUUGCUCUUGUUACAUUGAGGUCCAAGCUGGUGCUGGAGGCACUGAGAGCAUGGACUGGGCAGCAAUGGUCAUGCAAAUGUAUAAAACCUGGGCCCAACGGCAUGGAUAUGGAGUGACUGUAGUGGAUGAAAUGCCUGGUGAGAUUGCAGGAAUAAAGCGGGCAACAAUCAAAGUUGAUGGGGAAUAUGCAUUUGGAUAUGCAAAGGCAGAAAUAGGAGUGCAUAGGUUGGUCCGUAUUUCACCUUUUGACAGUGGAAAGCGCCGGCACACUUCAUUUGCUGCUGUUGCUGUCAUUCCAAUCCUGGGAGAUGGAUCUACGCAUGUACAAAUUAAUGAAUCUGAUCUACGUAUCGAGCGGUUUCGUGCUGGGGGAGCUGGUGGUCAACAUGUUAACACGACUGAGAGUGCUGUUAGAAUUGUUCACAUUCCUACAGGAAUAAGUGCCACUUGUCAAAAUGAAAGAUCUCAACAUCAGAAUAAGGCUGCAGCCAUGUCUGUGCUCCAGUCUCGAUUAGAUCAGCUUGAGAUGGCUCGGCAGGCACAGAUGAAUGCUGAGCACACACAAUCUCUCACUGAAAUAAGUUGGGGAAAUCAAAUUCGUAGCUACGUACUCCAUCCUUACCGGAUGGUGAAGGAUCUCAGGACCAAUUAUGAAGUCUCUGAUCCUGAUUCUGUGCUCGAAGGAGAUCUAGAUGGCUUCAUCUUGAGCUAUUUAUCAGCUUCCUUAGAUAAAGAUGAAGAUGAGCCAUAAAGAUCAACUGCUAAAGAUUUCAAAAUUUGCCUAUUGCUAGUAAAGCUCAACAAUGGUAGCUGCUCAGCUCUUCACAAUACAACGAAGACAACUUUCAUUAAAUAAGCUGAAAUGCCUUACAAAGAGAUGAAAUCACUGGAUUUACACUUUACAGAGGUAAUGGGCAUUCAUUUUGCAGGAUUGACACAAUGAUGAAAGGAAAAAGGAUAUAUUUGUUUAAGACGAGAACAUAAUUAUUCUUUUGCAAUGAAAUGUCUUCCAAAUGCUGCUGCUACAAAAUAUAUGACAAGUUGAAUU